AUGGAGCUUGUUUUUUCUGGUUGGUUUUAUUGUGAGUCAUUUGAUGCCCGAGAAGUUUAUGUGGAUGGAGCAUGUCAUUGGUUGGUUUUCGCCGGAACUGACCCUCUUGAACUAACUCUAUUGUCAUUUGACCUGAGUGAUGAGGCAUUCCUUAUAACACCCAUCGGGGAUAUACCUUAUACUCAUUUAGCUUUUCAAGCAUGCUUGACUGUGUUAAAUGGAUCUAUUGCUUUGCUCUCACAUAAUGACGAAUAUGGCAAUGAUAUUACUUUAACCAUAUCCAUUCUGGGUGAAGUCGGUGUGAAUGAAUCAUGGAUCAAAUUAUAUAUUUGUGGCCCCUUCUCCAUUUAUUGGCCCCCGGUUGGAUUUGGGAAGAAGGGAUAUAUUUUCUUUAGAAAAAAAGAUAAUAAACUAGCCUGUGUUGAUUUGAGCACCCAAGAAAUUGAGGAGAUUGGUAUUACUUGUUGUGCAGAGGAAAAUUAUUUUAGAAUCGGUCUUUACAAGGAAAGCCUUCUUUCAAUUGGAGGAUUGAGUAACUAG